CACUUCACCACCUGAGGACUGAGCGACACAUACCGGACAUACCGGAGCGACUAAUACCGGACCGAAGACCCAUCAUCGAUUAUUUCAGACCCGACAGAACCAUGCCGUCUAUGCGACACUCCUACACGGUGACGGUCCCGGUACCGGGACAUCCCGCCGCUCUUCCGCUGGACGAGCCGGAGCUGCGGCGGAAGCAGCUGUCCCGGUCCAUGCUGGUGUCAACGUUCAUGGGUCUGAUCAUCAACCCGGCCAAGAGCAAAAGUCCUCAGGGCCUGGUGGGUUUACGGAACCUGGGCAACACGUGUUUCAUGAACUCCAUCCUGCAGUGUCUGAGCAACACCUCAGAGUUGAGAGAUUACUGCCUGAGGAACAUCCACCACAUAGAGCUGAACAAGAGGACCAACUUGGCUCUCAUGGAAGAGUUUGCAAAGCUCACUCAGUGUCUGUGGAUGUCUGCAAACAACGAGGCCGUCAGUCCUUCUGAAUUCAGAAAGCAGAUCCAGAGAUUUGCCCCAAAAUUUGUUGGCUGCAAUCAGCAGGAUGCCCAGGAAUUCCUACGAUUCCUAUUGGACGGCCUCCACAACGAGGUGAACAGGGCAACGAUCUGGCGAAAGGUGUCCGUCGAGGACAUUGAUCACCUCGCAGAUGAUGAGAAAGCCAGGCGGAUGUGGAACAUGUACUUGGAGAGAGAGGACAGUAAGGUUGUGGACCUGUUUGUGGGGCAGCUGAAAAGCUCUCUGACCUGCACAGUUUGUGGCUUCCGCUCCACCGUGUUUGAGCCAUUUUGGGAUCUCUCCAUACCUAUUCCACAGAAGAACGCUGGUGGAGUGACUCUGAAAGACUGCUUGAAGCUCUUCACAAGAGAAGAUGUGCUUGAAGGAGAAGAAAGACCGACAUGCAACAAAUGCAAAGCCAGAAGAAAAUGCACAAAGAGGUUCAUCAUCCAGAGGUUCCCUCAGGUUCUUGUUCUUCACCUGAAGCGUUUCUCAGACACGAAAAUCCGUGCGAGCAAACUUUCCACCUAUGUCGACUUUCCUCUCAAAGAUCUGGACCUGCGAGAGUUUUCUGCGGUGAGCGGCGAGCGUCCCGUGUACAACCUGUACGCCGUGUCCAACCACACUGGAAACACCCUGGGAGGCCAUUACACAGCGUACUGUAGGAACCCGGUGCUGGGGGAGUGGUACACCUACAAUGACUCCAGGGUGAGUCCCAUGUCCUCCAGCCAGGUGCGCAGCAGCAAUGCCUACGUCCUCUUCUACGAGCUGGCCAACUCCUCACAUAGCAAGUACCAGACGUGUCGGCUGUAGACGCCAAAAUGGAGAAAUGAGCUGGACUCAACUGAGCCUAAACACAUGGAUGCUGCCUACAGAGAGAGAGAGAGAGAGCUCCCUCUAGUGGAGGAGAAUCUGCCAUUACAAACUGUGAAGAUGGAACCCAGAGCCCCACCGAUAUCUUGGAUGGAGCUCCAAGAACAGCAGGAAAAAACAAAUCCAGCUUCUGGAAAAGCUUCUUAAAAGGGUCAAAACUGUAGAAAAAGUUGUUUUACAGCCAUUUUUGUACCCCCUCCUGUCACUUCCUCUUUCAAUAUUUAUAAAUUAUUUUAAAGGACAUCAUUAACAAGACAUAAUUUAUUCUAUUUAAUUUAUUUUAUUAGAAGUUCUUGUUUGUAUCACUUAAAACUGACUCGAGUGAUGAUGGGGUGUUUUUAAAUGGAAACAAUAAUAUUUUUGUACAGUAUUUAUGGAAAGCAGAGUUAAUUUAAUGCAGCUGUAGAAGAAGCAUCAUCCUUCCUGCAGCUAUGAUGUUGCUGACUUUACAUACAGUCUGUAAAUUAAUAAAACUCUGUACUAAGUGA